UACGACCCGAAACCGGGCGCUCUGGAUGGCUCGGACAUCGACUGGGACCGGGUUUUCGGGUACUUGCCCAACCUGAAGAGACUCGACCUGAGCAAGCUGUCGCUGGUGAGUCGGCACGUGCCGGAUAUUCUGGUGGCUGCGUCGAAGUAUUGCCGAGGUCUGGAGCCACUGAUCUUGCCCAGUCGAGGAUUUAUUCACGACAAUCAUUAUGGGUGCACGAACGCUGUUCGUGGAGCUCCGAUCGAGAAGUUGAUGACGACGUUGUAUCAAGCGCUGGAGAGGUGGCACGGCAGAAAGACUGGGGCUGGACUGCGACAGCUCACGGUGCCGACGGGGAACGAGGUGGAGCGGCUUCGCAGCACGACGGAGUUUCUCGAAGCCGUGAUGAAGUUUUGUCCGCAGAUAGAGUUCUUGGAUGACUACGAGAAGAUGACGGUGCACGGAGACGCCCAGUGCUACGACAUGUGGUCGAUCACGUUGGAAACAUGGGAAAAGUUCAACAAGACGUGCACGAACUUGAAGUCUUUCAGCUGGACUGUCGUUCCGUUCGCGGACCCGUUCUUUCGCGUCUUUGGCGACCAUGUGAAACCGAAUUUAACGGAGCUGUCGCUGUCUGCCAACCGGAGUUGGAACUACCAUCGCUACUUCCGUGAGUGCGAUGGCCAGAUCGUGGCGCCACCUCCCAAUGAUGACGAGUCCAGUCGCCCUGGUUACGGCUUGCUGGCCUCAGAGAUCACUGCAGUGCCGAGAGCUUGUCCCGCGCUGACGCACCUGUCGGUCGAGAUCGACUAUCUCCAUAAUAAUGGGAGAGAGCAGUACGUGAACUUGGAUCUGUACGGCGACGAGUUCUGGGAGGCAGUGGCGGAGCGUUGCCCCAAGUUGCAGUCGAUUAUCAUGUGGGAUGGAUCGGGCUACGCGAACUUUAACAUCAAGUCCGAGGAAACGCUAACGGAUCGCACGUUGCUGCUGCUGGCAGAGAUGAAGUCCCUGCGGUCGAUCGAGUUGGCGCCUGCUCGUCUGACUGGCCAGGGCAUUUUCGAGUACCUGCGCCGUAUAUGUCAAGACAAGGACUUUGCUGAGGGAGAACGCAGCGUCGAGAUCAGGAUGGGCGGUCACAUGCGCACGCCGGUUGCCCCUCCCAGGUUUUACGCGGAGAUCGUCGAGCUGUUGAAGCUGCUGGCGGAGAUCAGCGAGGAGGAGCUGGGAGCGGUGAACUGUCGUCAGAAGCCCACGAUCUACAUCAAGAAUCCGUACGAGUCACAAGUGCACAGGCAUUGGUGCGAGUCAUACAUGCGUGACAUGUUG